UAAGGAAAAAAGUCACUUAACUUUUAAAGUGUUGACUUAUAUGUAGCCGGUUCAAACUUGUUUGAGAUGAGUGUGUAUGUGUUGUCACAAGGUUCUUCCAACAUUUCAACUCUACUCUUGAGUUGCUAUGUUGUAAAACAAAAAUGUUCUGAUAGCAAAGAUUAUUCUGAAAGGUGGAUCGAGACGGGAGAAAAGGAGACGGGAGAGCAGCAAUGUUUGACUGAAGUAAUAAAGAGUUUCAAUGUAAACAACACAUGGAAUAAAGAACUUUGGGGCACAAUGGUCAUUGACAUCAAUAUGGCAGGUCACAGGCCUUGCGUUACAGCUGCAAACACUCGGGCCAGAACUCCAACCCCAGCUCAACCCACCCCCGGGGGGAGGGAGCAGAGGAAGUGUUCAACACCAGCCGCCAAACCUUACAGACACAUCGACUCUCUGUUUAAAGGUCACGAGCAGAUCCAUAGCUCGGGGGUGACAUCAAAAGUUCUCAAGUUCCCAGUGUCAGGGGAAAGAAAAGGAGCCUCUGAUCGACCACGUCUGCAUCAAAUCUGCACCCCAGGACGCCUCAGUCUGGGGUACAGAUCUCGUCUUCGGUAAACAUUGGCUGAGUAUAGAGUGUGGCUGUCCUCUGGGGACUACAGCAGGAAUCUAGCUUUGUCUGUCUGUCAUCAGUUAGGCCCAACUCCUGGUCCUACCACCACCUGGUCUGAGAGGCACAAAGUGCUUUCACGUGACUUCUCUGAUUUGUCUUGGUCAGGAAAGCUAUGAGGAGGGUAGAGUUGGCUUUACAGUAGCAUCUCCACUUGAUGGAAGAAAUAAUAGAACUCAGAGAGUUCAAUGUGACUUCAAGGGCAAGGAAUGAGGGCUGGGCUUCACGGUUGCCGUAUUUUCCUCAAAGCUACCAUAAACUGUACAUACAAACAGUACGGUGACACUACAAAUUAUAGUGUUAUAUCCUUUAUAGUUAUAGAGAGGAAAAAAAAUACCUUAUCCAAAACCGACGUUCUGUAACAAAAACAGUAUUAAAGAAUUGGGGAGCGCAACUCAGGAAAAAGGAAUCAAGAUUUUAAAAAUGUUUUUA